UGAUCUCCUAUCGACGCCAUAUUUAAUUUUUUCUAGUGUUUUGUUUGUAGGAGUUGAGGAGUGGAUUGGAAAUUUAAUGCAAAUAUUUUUUAAUGAAUUUUUCCGAUCCAAUAAGACAUACUACAUAUACAUUUUGUGCUGUAUGAAGCGUUACCAAGAAGAACUCUGAAAAAGGAAAUUCGAUAUAAUAGACAACUUUCGUUUAAAUUUUAAACUGCAUUCUAGCUUUCUAGGCUUUACGUUUUCACAUCGACAUUAGUAAACCUAAUGAAGAAAACACAGCGGACGUGACAUUUACCCAACCAAAUUAUGAACAGUGACUUCUGGACGUUCAGUUUCACUUAUUUUCAAAUUUGGUUAUAACCUACACUGUCGUCGAUUGCAAUUAUUUGUCCAAUGCAGAAUGCAUGCAGUAGUUCACUGCCGUUAGAUGAGGGACUGAAAUGGGUGACUAUGCUCUGUAUCAGGCUAUCAAAUUUUUUAAACCAGUGUCAGAGGAGCAGUUGGAGUUCCAAAAGGGGGAUGUUCUGCAGAUAUCAGUACAGAGCCCUUUCUCCACCAGUCCUUCAAGGAGGCCUGGAUGGCUGUUCGCAUACAACAGAAGGACUACAAAUGUAGGAUAUGUUCCAGUGGAGUACGUGAAGCUUCUAGGUUCAGAAGUUGGAAAAACUAUACAUCACCCUUCCGCUUGUGGCGUAGAAGUAUCGGAUGCAAUAGAAGGAGACAAUAAACUCCCAGAGCAUAAGUUGGAGGAUGUGUUUUUUCUUACUCCAAUACUCUGCAAACACUGUCGAGAUUAUAUUUGGGGUCAAGGACAUGUGGGAGUUAAAUGUAAAGACUGUCAUGCAUGUUUCCACAACUGCUGCCAGAAGUACUUCUCCCAGUAUCUGUGCCAGAAGGAUGAUUCCUUGCCGCCGGUCACCCUCGACUACGAUAAGCCCAUAUCCGAGUGGACAUCAUCACAUGUCGUGGAAUGGAUGGCAGCCCUGAACCUCUACACGUACUCGGAUGUUUUUAGAUGCAAGGACAUCAAAGGAGCUGAUUUAAUAAAUUUAGAUCGUGAUAAGUUGAUUGCUAUGGGAAUAAAAGAUGAGUUCCAUCAGAAGGCGAUAUUAACCUGCAUUGACGAGCUGCUGAAGAAACCCGACGACAAAGCUUUAACAAACAAUGAAGAAGAGACAGUUGAGACAGGAGCUACCAAGUAUCCGCACAACUUGACCCAGCACAGUUUCAGUUCCUUGGAAAGAUGUGAUAAGUGUAAUAAGUAUUUAAGAGGCAUUAUACACCAAGGUUUCGUCUGUCAGGAUUGCAGCUUGAUAGCGCAUCGAGGUUGCGCGGCAACCGGGCUGCCGUCUUGCACCCAUCGACCAGUGAGCGGGGCGCAUUCCAUUCAAUUCAGGUCGUUCUUUGGGCAAGGCUUGUGCAUGCAGUUCAAGGUGAGCGACCAUCCAGCUCCGGAGCUGUUGAUGAAAUGCACCGCCGAACUUGAAAAAAGAGCCAAAGCUAACGAAACCUUAGAAUUAUACAGUUUGUAUUGCGCCACGUCGCCGUCAGACCAACUGCAAGCGUUGGUGAAGAAAAUUGAAGAAAACCCAAACAACGUCAGCUUGACAGAAUACUCGCCAGUGGUUAUAGCGAACGUCUUCAAGAAAUACCUCAGAGAGCUCCCAGAUCCUCUGAUCCCAGUCCAAUGGUACGACAAGUUUUUGGAGGCUAACAAAAAGAAAAACGACGAAGAAUGCACGUCGAUUCUGAGGCAUUUGGUAGAGGAAUUGCCGGAUCACCACAAGUCGACGUUGAAGUUCAUUAUGGGCCAUUUGUGCAGAAUUUGUCAGCUGGAAUACGCCAGAGGGAAUAAAAGUCCGCCUACAGUUCUGGUGCAAGUUAUGUGCCACAUUUUCUUGAGACCGCCAUGGGAACGAAUUAUCCAAGUGGUUUACAACACCCAGGCGCACAACCGAAUCGUGGAACUACUGCUACUUUACUGUGAUUGGGGGGAGACACUUCCCGAGUUUGCGUCAGCCCCCGCCAUACCCCCGAGGAAGGUAUCGCUGAUGGGCGGUACCGGAGCCACCUCCGCUGGUGCCAGUGGAACCGUUUACCACAGCAUGGUGGAAAGGGAGAAGGAGAAACCUGCGGUACCAGUGUCGCUCCAAGACGCCGAAUGGUACUGGGGCGACAUCAAGCGGGAGGAAGUGAAUGAGGUGCUGGCUGAUACCGUUGACGGGACAUUCUUGGUACGAGACGCCUCUAACAAGUGCGGCGAAUAUACGCUUACUUUGCGCAAAGGCGGCGCGAAUAAGCUGAUCAAAAUUUGCCACAGAAACGGCAUGUACGGUUUUACAGAACCAUAUACCUUCCAGUCUGUCGUCGAACUGAUUGAACAUUUCCGCAACGAUUCUUUAUCUCAGUACAACGCUUCUUUGGACAUCAAGCUCAUGUAUCCGCUAUCCAGGAACAACCAAGAGGAAGAGCUAGCCAAAUCCGAGAAAGUCGAAAAGCUGGUCGAAAAAUUGAUACUAAUCAACAAAACAUUGGCGAAGAAAAACAAAUUUUCAGAAGGCGUAUCCAAGGACUUCAACGAAACAUCCACGGAAGUUCAAACGAAAAGGCACGCGUUGGAUGCACUGAAAGAACUCGUGCAAGUAUUCAGAGAUCAAACAAUUAUCCAAGAGAAGAUUCAGAGCGAAGCCCAGCCUCACGAGAUAAAAAGUCUCGAAUUCAACUAUGAACUGUUGAAGAAACGCUUAGCUUUGAUGUCGGAAAGUUGCGAGCAGUUGGAGGAAAUUUUGAAGCAAAAGGAAGCGUACAAGAAAGUAUUAGAAAGGGAACUGACCGCGCUCAAGCCUGAGAUACACAAUUUGCUUCGCGAGAGAGACAAGCACAUUAGGUGGUUGCAAAUGAGAGGAUAUUCAGCAACAAAAAUCAAUCAGAUUCUGCAUAAGCACGUCGAUGACAACUCCGAAGAUUGCGAGGUUGACAUCGACGCGUUACCACAUAAUGAUGAACACACCUGGUUGAUGUUGAACUGUUCCAGGGAGGACGCCCAAAGGUUGCUAGAAGGUAAACCGGAUGGUACUUUUUUGGUCAGGAAAUCCAGACAGCAAAACAAGUACGCCCUUUCUGUCGUAUGCAACGGAAGUCCAAACCAUUGCAUCAUAAAUGAAACACCAAAAGGUUUGGGAUUUACAGAACCGUACAAUAUUUAUCCGUCUUUGAAAGAUUUGGUUUUGCAUUAUGCUACGAAUUCGUUGGAAAUCCAUAAUGAUCUGCUGAAUACGGUGUUGGCUUACCCGAUUUUGGCCUACAAUAGCAACUACAUGAACCGCGAGAAUUCCAUGUAUGUUACUUGAGCGAAUCGUUUUGUGAUAAUUUUUGAGCUGCUGUGACUUUUUAUAUUCCCAUUAUAUGUUUCAUUGUGAUGCUGAUAUUUGUGAAGGACAAUUAACAAAUUUUUAUUCAGAUGCGUAUUAUAUAUAAAUUUAUAUCUGUCAAGGACUGGUUGAACUUUUUCGGACAUUUCUGCCUAAAUCGCCAGGUCUGAAUGACUGUGAUAGUGUACUAAAGAUGAGCUAAAACGCGUACUUAUAAAAACUAUUUUGUGUGCUAUGAUACAUCUAGUAAGUGGUAUGCAAUCUGUUGAUAGUUCACUGCCCUUUCCAUACGCUCAUUACCGGCACUGAAAUACAUAACGUGGCAUUUGAGACAUUAAUUUUACAAGGUAAAAUUAGAUUCUAUUACUUGGCUUUUGUUUCAACACGGGUUUGGCCAGCGGAAUCACGAUUAAUUUUCUGUAAAAUUAGUAUUUCUACUAACCUGAGAAAUGCCCAUUAUUAAUCACAAUCCUCCAGUCAGACGGAGUUUUUUCUCCCUAGGCGAUUGAUGCUAAAGAAAGGACACCCAUUAUCAUUUUGACAGUUGAACGUUAAAUUUCAGGAUAGUUGAAAACUACAAAGGGUAUAAAAGUUUUGCAAUACUGCUUUAUUUAUUGACUUCCUUCAAAGUCACUAAGCAUUGUUCCGUGUAUCACUUAGCUGUGACUAUCCCUCUCGAUUUGAAAAAUGCAGCUAUCAUUUUUCUCUUGAAAGAUCCGGGAUUUUUUGACAGCUGCGGGUGUGUCCUCAUCAAAGACCCAAACUUUGUUUUGAGCGUCCUCCAAAGUGAAAUUGCCCCUUUGGCUGCUCUACGUCACCACGAUACGAAUGAACAAUUAAAUCAACAGACGUGCGCCUUGCGGCUACUAUGCACUCAUGGACGCGUCUCAAUAUGCGGUCAUCGCAAACUUUUAUAGCACCCUGUGUUACAUAUUGCACGAUUUUCUCUCGUACACGUUACGACGUCGGCCAAAUUUAACCUCGGCGUAUCUCACACCUGUUACAGCUCUAUCUGGCUAUUUUUGCUGUAAACUUUCUAUAAAAAGACAAAUUUUAUCCCAGUGACGUAGAAUCUCGCGUGUCCAGGAUAUUGUUGGAUAGGGUAUUAAAAUUAUCAACACUUUGUAUGCAUGGCAUUAAGUAUGGUAUAUCUGUAAUGUUUUCUACUCCAUGCAAAGCACUAAUAUGAUAGAAAAUUAGAAUAGAUAGGGUUUCAAAUGGUACCUAAUCUUUUGAAAUAUGCUUGAUAUAACUUUCUCUGAAAUGUUAUUGAAUGUAACAAAAUUUCUUCUGCCCCAAUGUGGUAUGGAAAUUUGCUAGAAUAUUGCAGAACUCAGUUUCUAUACAUAUUAUCAUUUUUAUAUUUUGGAAAAUAUCACAGAUUGAUGCAAAAAAUGCGUUUAAAACCAAUAUUUGGUAUAUAAAUUAUUUAUUGCAUAGUUUUUUAAAAAUGUUUGCUGAUGUUUGUAGCAUCAUUAUGGAAAACAAGGUGUUCGUGAUAAUUUCACAAUAAUUAUUUGCAAUGAGCAGGUAAAGUCAAUGAUUGGGUACCAUCUACAUUUGACCAAAAAUUAGAUGUCUCCACGUUACGAAUUUCGAUUAUAAACCUUGCUAUUCAUUUGAUCGAAUUGAGAUCAUAAUUUCAUGUUUAUAUAUUUUGAUUCACUGCGUAUAAUACUAUGGACAAAUUUGUCUAUUAUAGUGAAGUGAAUUGCCAUAAAAAGUAUUCCAGAACGUAUUUGCUAGAUGUGAUGUUCAGUAUAAAAAAAACUAUUUUAAACAAAAUUGUUCUUCAUAUUGGAAAAAGGGCGUAAAGUACUCUGUCUCCGGAGAUAUGUAGGCUGUAUAACACUUAUUUUUCAUAUUUUUUUUGCCUACGACAUAGUCAUUAUUUAAAUACGUCUUUUGGUAUACAAUUCAAAUCAAUUUCAAAUCCUUACUUUAUGGUCAUCAUUCGAUAUUUGUCAGUGUACCUUAAGGUGACACGUCCCUUUUUCAGCAGUAUUCUAAAUCUUUUUCAUCUGAUAAUUUCAUGGUGUGUACAAAUCAAUGUUUUUGUCAAAAAAUGAAUUUUUUUCUUCAAUCGGGACAAACAUAAGUACAGCUCUGAAAUUGUGUGUGAAUAUUCCUGUGUUAUGGAGGAAUGAAACAAGUGAUUCCUUUUGUUCUUAUCACUUUUCCUUUUCGAAACAUCUUUGCUUUUCUCGAACACUCAACUUGCUGCAAGACGAGGCUUCAAGGAAAUCAAAGUAAUCACUCGUUUCAUUUUUCCAUAAAAGAGGAAUAUUCUCGCACAAUUUCUGAGCCGUACUUAUGUUUGUUAACAAAAAACUAAUUGAGGACAUUUAGCAUCAUUGAAUUUCACCACCUAACAAACAGCAAUUUAUUUUUGCUUAAUACUUAUAUACCGAGAUAUGUAGGCAAACACGUUAGACUUGCAGUGGACGUGUUUAAAUUUUGUAAAAUGAACGUUUUGACUUUGGAUAUAAUGGCAUUUGAAAGGUCAAAUUACUAUUGCAGUACAUUCCGCUUUGACGAUGAUAAGUGAAAAUACAGACAGUACUUCAUGUGGCAAAGGUUGGGUAGUAAGACAAAUUUCUAAGGCAAUUCUCUUCAUCAGGUAUACACAAACAACAUUUAUAUUAUACUGUAAAAUUGAAUGAUGUAUAUACGUGAAAGGAGAAAAUUAGCCAUUUGUUCAAGUAGUAUUUCUGAUAUGUAAGGUUCCAAGGAACAUUGUAUUCAGGUCCCUAUGGGAUGAUACAAAAAUUUAAUUAUAUCAGUGACUCAAAAGUACAUUUUUUGUGAGCUGCGUAUUUUCAUUGCAGGCCUAUACCUGGUAUUAUGAUUUGCCUUUAAAAAACAUUCUAGAUAAUGGCUAGAGCUUACUAAAACUAUGAUAUUAUAACGCAUAUUAUUUUUUAAGUUGCUGAUUUAUCUUGUGUUGAAGAAAAUUGUGCCAUAAUGAAUAAUAUUAUGGAGCUUCAAAUACUACAAAGUACAUGUCGUGUCUCAGAAAUCUUGCAAUAUUUGUCAAUAAUAUUUUUGCCACACCAUCCAAUUUUGCAAAAGGUGUAUUGUGACAGCGCCUAGCAAAAUCAGGAGUCCCUGACCCUACAAAUGCUUGCUGAAACUGAAAGUUUUUCAACUCGGAAAUGAAAAAUUUACUUUUCGGUGCUUUUACAGAAAACUAAGAAUUUUAGGAACCGGGCGGCCCGGGGUUCAAACUUAAAUAAACUUUUGAUUUCAUCGGAUUCUUGGGAUAAAAAGCUGGUGUUUCGAUUCCCAACAUUUCGGCGUUUAUUUUACACCUUAAGACACAAAAACAGACACUAGGACAAGAACUGUAUUUGAAUAGACUCCUUUUGGAUUAAUUCCAGUUGCUUAUAAAAGUUUUGGUCUAUUUAAUAUGCUUUAUUUAAAACGGCAUUGCAUUAAGGGCUUGACAACUUUCUUUUUAAAUAAAACGAAAACCAUUUGAGACAUCUCGGAAAUUUUUUUGUUGGAUUGAAAAAUUUAUGUAUCGUCCAUAUGUGCAUCAGAUGCACCUUUCGGUACGAAAUUUUAAUUAUUUGUAAGCGUUAUUCGUUCACCAUGAGGAAAAUGUUUUCUUUGCGUUGCGUUCACGGUGAAAGUUCAAAGUUAAGUCCCUAUUGGAAAAUCCGAUACUUUUAAGAAACAAUAAAUAUUUUCAAGAAAUAUUGAGCCUUCGUACAAGGUUUGUGGCCCCGAUCCUUCCAGUCAAAUUCUAGCCCUGAAUACAACCAGUAGAUGUAUCAGAAACAAUAUAUUGCAUAUCAUCUUUGACACCCAUGUAUUGGGAAAUCUACCAUUAGCCGAUCUUGCAUCUCGUUGCCAGGUAGACUCUAAGGCAUGAUGAGCAAAAAAAAACUUUUUGGGAGCUGAAAGAAUACGUUUUUUUUUUCUUUUAAACCCAACUAAUAGAACGCGUGUAUUCUAUUAGCUUUUAUUUUAUACAUUGGUGCAAUACACUUGAAGUGUAUAUUAUCCCAAGUACAAACGUAUUGUAAUAAUUUUAUAUUUUGUUAUUUUUCUCAUUUUCUUUAUUUAAGUUUUAAAAACCUGAAAUAUAUAUAUCUAGAAUGUUUUUCAUCUUUAUUUUAUUCCCUUUCAAUGUAGACGUACUAUGUCAAGAUUAUUGAAC